AUGAAGAUCUUGAGCCAAGACGAAGGGGUGUUGGCCAUAGAAGAAGAAGCAAUAAAAUCUUAUACUAGCUGGAAACUAUUCUUUGACGAAGCAGUGAAUUACAAAGGUUCCAAAAUCGGAGCGGUCUUGAUACCAGAGAGUGAGCGACACUACCCCAUGGCCGCCAAACUCAAAUUUCGCUGUACCAAUAACAUGGCUGAAUAUGAGGCCUGCAUCCUAGGUCUCAGAAUGGCACUGGACAUGGACGUCAAUGAAUUAUUGGUCAUCGAAGAUUCUGACCUACUGAUUCACCAAGUACAAGGCGAAUGGGCCAUUAAGAAUGAAAAGAUGUUACCAUAUAUGAACUUAGCACAAAGAUUGUGCAAGAAAUUCAGAAAGAUUGAGUUUCGACAUAAGCUAAGGGCUCAGAAUGAAUUUGCUGAUGCACUGGCUACAAUAGCAUCGAUGAUCCAACAUCCUGAAAGCAGUCACAUCGACCCACUAAGGAUAAUUUUGAAAGAAGAACAUGCAUAUUAUUGCCACGUGGAAGCUAAGUCAGAUGGCAAACCAUGGUACAGCGAUAUCAAAAUGUAUCUGGAAGGAUGGGAGUACCCCGAAGGCAUUACAAAUGUACAAAAGAAGACCAUCCGAAGAAUGGAGAAUGGUUUCUUAUUAAACAAAGAAGUUUUGUACAAAUGGACGCCGGGUUUGGGUCUACUUAGAUGUGUAGAUGCCGGCGAAGCCACCAAACUUCUAGAAGAAAUACAUGCUGGGACAUGUGGACCCCAUAUGAGUGGAUUCGUACUAGAAAAGAAGAUUCUGUGA